GGGACGGAGGCGGAAGUGGCCGGCAAUGGCCGUGUGGCGUCCGGGUCGCUUCGCCAAAUGGCUCGCAAAUCGGCGCCUUCCAAGAACUCUCUCCAGCCUCGCGCGCCCUUUUCCCGCCGCCCGGCGAAGGUGGCGCUUCUGUGCACCUUCGCUUGGCGGUGACCGUGCGUAAAGUGCCACCAAGUCACAGCUGCCUGCUUCCGAGCAAACCUGCCCGGGGCUGGGCUACAGUGGGUUGCUUUCUCCACGCCCUCUGUUUCGAUAAGGCCAUGCACUUUGUCCACGUGGAAACGCGCACCGUUUCUUGUCGGAGAGGCUGAUACUUGCGCCUGUGGUGGGGCAGCUUCCCAUCACAACCCCUCCGCGUUCGUCUCGUUCCGGGGGAAAGGGGUAAGGCUGGGAGGCUCUGCCUUCGCUCCCUUUGUUCCGAGCGUCAUUCCCAUCCAGCCACACGUCGCUUUCGACCCGGCCCCUCUCUCCGGCUGCUUCCCCCGCCCACAUCUGCGGAGCGAAACUCCGAUCACCUUCGGAGAAAGUUGCAAAUGUUCUUGUAGCUCUUGUUCCUCUCCUGUGGGGCUACAUUUUUUCUCUUUCCUCCGGGGUAAAGCGAAGUAUCUUAGCUCGCGGCGUACACGGCGAAUCCAGCCACACAACGCGUAAAGCCGGGCUGUAUUCCUUGUAGUUGAUCUGCUCCUGUUUUCGUUGGUUCGUGGGCUUUCCUCUUUUCUCUCCUCUGCCUUCUUUUGGCUGCCGUUUGGACGAACAAAACGGGAUCGGGAGGAGGAGCCCGGGUGUGUUAGGGGGUUGCAACCCCCUCUCCUUGACUCCUUCCCCUUCCCAUAUGGGAGAAGGCUGGAAACUGUUGUUAGGUAUGUGGUUCCCAGGUCAGCGGCACGCUGGCUCGGACUAGGAAGAAGGCUGGGGACAGUUUCAGACCGUCAUGGAGAAUGUGGAGUUUCGAGGCGGCCCGGAGAGAUUUCCAGACAAAGAUCCGAGGCUGAAUCCCGUGUUUUUGGAUCAGGGACAAACCCACCAGCAGCUGUUGAUGAUGGGGGAGCAGAGAGGAGUUGAUCCGUACAAAUUGGUAGAAGUACAAUUGACUGGCGGAGCGCCGUGGGGAUUUACACUGAAAGGAGGACGCGAACAUGGGGAGCCGCUCAUCAUCACGAAGAUUGAAGAAGGCAGCAAAGCUGCAGCUGUGGACAAGUUGCUGGCUGGUGAUGAAAUCGUCAGCAUCAACGACAUCGGUCUGUCUGGGUUUAGGCAAGAGGCGAUCUGUCUGGUGAAAGGUUCACACAAGAUGUUGAAGCUUGUAGUGAAAAGAAAAAAUGACCUAGCCUGUAGGCCCCACUCCUGGCACGCGACCAAAUUUACUGAGAACCAGCCUGAGACUGGCACAUCACGGCUGCCCUUGACCAAUGUCUGCACUCCAUGGCACUCCCGGUAUCAUGCAAGCUUCUCUUCCCAUGAUUUGUCAAGCUCAUGGGAUCAAUCAAAUCUCCAUCGCACUUCAGAUCAAUUCAGCUCUGCGGGAAGCAUGGACAGCUGGGAUCACACACCCCAAACCUAUCAAUAUGGACAGAUUUCAUCUGCAAAAUCCAACAGCAGCAUCGAUCACCUAGUAAAUCCCAGCAAAAGGGAUUCCGCUUAUGGCUCUUUUUCCACCAGCUCCAGUACACCUGACCACACACUGUCCAAUGUAGAUGUUGCCUCUGCAGAGAAUGUUCUAUACAAAAUGAAUCAUUGGGAUACCCCAAAACAAGGGAAUGGCAAGACUGCCUCAUUUCUAAGUGAUAAUGGAGGAUUAGAGGAUAAGUCUGCUUGCUUCCCACUUCCGCCACAGUAUGAGAACAACAGUAAGAGCCCCCGACUAGAAGAUCAUUCUGAUUCAAAGUACUCUGGGUCUGGAAGGUCAAAUUUUGGACCUGUUUGGUAUGUCCCAGAGAAAAAAAAGUCACCCUCUCCUCCUCCCCCACUACCUCCUCUCCGUAGCGAUAGUUUUGCUGCCACCAAAAGUCACGAAAGAACCCAUGCCCCUCUUUACUCAGAAGGUAUGCAGAGCACUAAGCACUUUGAAGUCCUACAUAGACCCCAAGCCAGGAACGACUGGAGUAUUGAAGUUGCAGAACAACAAAAGCGAGCCGCUAGAGUAAUUGAGAAGACCUCAGAUGAGAAGCGAAGUGGCAACCCAUCACAUAGGUCUGAUCUCAGUCUGGAUUAUAAUUUGCCUUGUGCAGGUGACAGAGUCAACAACAAUGUGGGAAAUGCCAACAGGCUGCAUUCGUCCCUGUCCAGUAGUGACAUUCGAUUUGCACAGUCCAUAUAUGGGCAUCACUGUCAUCAACAUCAGCGCCAGUACAGUGAUGAAAGCACUUUCUUUCACAAUUCAAAGAAUUCUGCAUUGCCUAAAGAACAGUGGCAUCUUUCCUCUUAUGCUGGCAUUCAGGAAAGGUCUGCCGACAAAUACAACCUCCAGUUCAACCAGACUAGAACAUUCAGUGCUGCUGCUGCUGCUUCUGACAUCAGUUCUGAGGAGAAAAUAGAUAUCACUGGGCUAAGUCGCUACUAUUGUGUGACAACGAAACAGCCUGCUCAGGGAAAUUUGAGACCACUACAGCUAAACGAUGAAUGUUGGAAUUCUGGAAUAAGUGCUCAUGGCUCUGCUAGACCACAUGAGAAUCCUGCUGUAGCCAUGAGGACCCAAAGCCCAAAAUAUUAUCUACCUCAGCAACCUGUUGACCUUCCUCUGGAUACAUGUGAAAAAAGCAAUUAUUCUGUAGGUGAUGAAGGAGAGGAUGUUAGGACUGCUAUGGCGGAAGAUUCCAAAAAGUUUAGCUACCCUGAAAAAUCAGAACAGACUAAGAAUUUUGAGAACCACAGUAGUUACAAUGAGCAAGAAUAUACUCAGGAAUGUGUCCUAAUGUCAGAUGACAAAACUACCCCAAAAGAUGUUAAAUGGGGUCAGGAAGAAAAGCACAAAAUUUCUCCUCAGAAGACCCCAAUGUUGCAUUCAUUAGCUCAGGAAGGAAAAAACCAGCCUGACAAAGGUUCUGAAACUGGAAUUAACAGACAGCCCAUGUUUGAUGCUCAUCUGAGUAAAAAUGCACGAAGGAGUGAUCGUUUUGCUACCACCCUAAGAAAUGAGAUCCAGAUGAGGAGAGCAAAACUGCAGAAAAGUAAAAGCACAGCUACCUUAGCAGAAUCAACUGAGUCAGAAAAGUUCACUGAGAGCUGGAAACCUGAUUCUGCAGAGAAGGUGAAUCCUUCAUCAGAAAACUAUAAUGAAUACAAGGAUAAUCUCAAAGAGGCCCAGGCUAGAGUGUUGAGGGCAACCUCUUUCCAGCGCAGAGACUUGGAACCCAGUUCUACAGAUUGUUUUCCAGACAGGAAGACAAAUAAUUAUAACUCUACAUUGUUGGCUCUGGUUUCUGAAGAUGAAUUUGGCUUCCGUGAGGCUACACAGUCUUCUAAACAGAGCUCACCUGCCAGCAACCACCACAUUUCUCGGAUUGGUGGUAGAAAAAGGUUCACAGCAGAACAGAAACUGAAAUCUUAUUCUGAGCCUGAGAAGAUGAAUGAAGUGGGAGUAUCAGAUGAUGAUUACCACCCACAGCGUCGUCCAACCACUUCUGAAGAAGCUUUAGGUUCUUUUGCUGAUAGGUGGAAGUUCUUUGAAGAAACAAGUAAGCCUGCCUACCAGAAAUCUUCUCAGGUAAAUAUACCCUGUGGUCGAUCUGAAGGACAGCCUGGUAGUCAUCGCAGAAAUUCUCAUGAGGGUGUGGCUGAGUCAUCAUGGUAUGUAAGGAGAAUGCGGGCAGCUUCUUUUGGAAUUGAAAAUACUCUUGGUGCUUAUAACAAAUCCAAAGACAUUGUCAUUAACACUGGCCAGAAAACAAAAUCUGCACAACCUCAGAGGCUAGAAACUUUUGCAGAGUAUCAAGCUUCAUGGAAACAGCAGAAGAAACCUCUAGAGACUAGGAAUUCAGGAAGAUACCAUUCAGCUGACAACAUCCUUGAUGCUGGCCAUGAACAAUUUGAGAAAUCGCAGUACACACAUGAGCGAUCCAGGUCAUCCCCUUCUACUGAUUUCCACAAACAGAAAGUAUCCGCUGAAACAAGGAGGCAAACAGAAAAUUCAAGGGAAGCUGAAGAACACAAGUCUUCUCCAACAAAACCUGAUGAAAGGAACUGCAGCUCAAGCUUCUUUUCUAAGCUCACAGUUUCUCUUCAGCCUCCUCUAAGCAGAAAGCAAACCUGCCUUUUUUCUGAGUCUCAGAGGCCAGUUGAUGCAGGAUAUUCAGAAGGCCAUCCAGUAGGAACAGCAUCUCAACCAGGUUAUGGUGUGGGGAUUAAGUGGAAGGCAUCAAGCAGGCCUUCGCACACAGGGCAGAUUUCUGUUUUACCUCAAGGGAGCCGAAGAAGAUCUGGGACAUUGCCCAGCGAUUACAGGUAUUCACAGGAAAAUGUGAAUGAAAAAAGUAAAGAUUACAGUGUCCUGCCUCCAGCUGUUUCUAAGCUACAAAUAACAGGUGAAAAACACCUCUGUCAAUCGCAAGUCAAAGGAGAUGAAAGCCAGCAAGCAGAGUUGGGGCAUCUGAAUAAGAAACAUGGUCCUGUACCUCAGAGGCCUCUCCAACCCAAACGAGACAAUAAAUACAGAUGGCAGGACAAUUCUUCAUCAUCAGUUGCUGCAUCCUCAGAGGCUCCACUGACAGCAACCAGUUGGCCAGUUCCAUCAGUAUCUCCUAUUUCCUCCAGUGUGGUUGCCAAUCACUCCUCUUCUUCUCAAACUGCAAAGGUUUCUGAAAAAUUAGCAAGCACUGACCUGCCAGAGGCUCCACAGCUGGUAUCCGUAGAGAAUGUUUGCCAGCACUUAGAUGAAAAAACACAUCUCAAAUCUGAUCUGCUGUCUUCAACAUACCAGUACCUACAAAAACCUGGAAUGGAAACAUCAAGGUCUCCUUCACCCCAGUUUGCUCCACAGAAGUUAACUGACAAACCUCCUGUAACUGUCCAAGAUGAGAAUCCCGCAAGAAUUGAAAGAGUGAUGGAUAACAACACAAUGGUAAAAAUGGUUCCCAUCAAAAUUGUACAUUCUGAGAGCCAUGCGGAGAAGGAAAGCAGGCAGAAUCUCACGAGCGCAGUUGAGCCUCCUGCCCUGCCAAGUGGGUUGGAGAAAGAUCAGAUUAAGACACUCAACACUUCCGAACAGUCCUACUCACGUUUCUGUGCUUAUACAAGGCAAGGUGUGGAGUCAGAGCCUGAGAAAAAAAACAGAUUGUCUUAUUUGCAGCCUGCUGAACCACUUGGAACCAACUUGAAGGACAGUGAUGUUCCUGGUCAUGCAGUUAGCUAUGUGAGGGCCAAAGAAAAGACUAUUGAUGACUGGAAAUCAGAGGAAUUAGCCAGAGAGAUUGUGGGCAAGGAUAAAUCGUUAGCAGAUAUUUUGGACCCUAAUGUGAAAAUCAGAACAACAAUGGACCUGAUGGUGGGCAUCUUUCCAAAAGAUGAACAUCUCUUGGAAGAAGUGCAACAACGCAGGAAACUUCUUUUAAAAGUUCCUUCACCCAAAGCCGCAGAUGACAAGAAAGAGGAGCAACUUCUGCCUUUGGCCAUCCCCCUGACGACCAAUUCCACUUACUAUAGCACAUCUGCCCCCAAGGCAGAACUCCUGAUCAAAAUGAAGGACAUGCAGCAGCAGCAGCAGCAGCUACAACAGCAAAUUGAAGAGGACUCUGAGGACGAGCUAGACCAUGAUUUGUCUGAGAAAAAGCAAGAGCUUAUAGAUAGCAUAAGUCGAAAGUUACAGGUGCUGCGAGAAGCUCGGGAGACACUCCUAGAAGACAUUCAAGCGAACAAUCUGCUAGGAGAUGAAGUGGAGGCCAUUGUGAAAGAGGUCUGCAAACCAAAUGAAUUUGACAAGUUCCGGAUGUUCAUUGGAGACUUAGACAAAGUGGUCAACCUCCUGUUGUCCCUCUCUGGUCGACUUGCCCGGGUAGAAAAUGCCUUGAACAAUUUGGAUGAAAGCGCUUCUCCUGAAGAACGGCGAGUCCUGGUGGAGAAACAAAAACUACUCACACAACAGCAUGAAGAUGCCAAGGAGCUGAAGGAAAACCUUGACCGAAGGGAACGCAUUGUCUUUGACAUUUUAGCCAGCUACCUGAGCGAUGAAAACCUUGCAGACUAUGAGCACUUUGUCAAAAUGAAAUCUGCCCUCAUCAUUGAGCAGCGAGAGCUAGAGGACAAAAUCAAGCUUGGGGAAGAGCAGCUCAAGUGCCUGACUGAUAGCCUGCAGCCUGAAAGGCCCAAAUGAUGCAAAACUGGGUAACUUUGAUGGCAUUCCAAGCUGUAGCACCUCUGACCACUAGGAGGAGCCAUUGAGAAGAAAAUGUCAUAAUAGCAAUAAUGUCAAUUAUUUGUUUCUGUGUUGGCUGUAUUUGCAUCUCUGGACGGUUUAUCCUCUCUGGCUUUUUCUAUCAUAUUCUUUAGAAAAUUCUGCAGACGUUAGUUUCCAUGCUUCAGGUUCAAUACACUGAGGAAACUGCUGGAGUUUAGGAUGAAAGCAGUUCUUGGUUUUUGUUCAUUUGUUUCUAAGAAACACAUGGAUGGUUUCUGUUCUUUUCUGAUGCCGUUACAGAUCAUUGCAAACCUCCAAGAUAAGCAACAUUCAGGACUGUUGAGUUUAGAAAGACUUUCUUUUAAUGUAGCCAUAUCAUAUUGUAUUCAGAUUAGUGAGAUGUAGUCACGUUUUCAUUCGUGUACAUUUGGUGAUUUUUAAGAUAUUUCAUAAAAAAUGUCUCUCCAAAAAUUAUCAGAAUCAUUUCUACAAGCAGUCUCUUAGCCAUGGGUCACAGUUUGUCAAACACACUGACGUGGUAUAUUUGUGUGGCUGUUAUUUUUAAUGUCCUGAUGAGGGGAAAACAUUAUUAUCGUUUCAUUAAUUGCUUUGCUUGUGGGGAGGAGGUGGGGAGACCAUUUAUGUUCGCUGUCUUGCAUGAAAAUAGUAACUACGGUCCUGACUACUUGACAUGUGCAGGAUCUGAACUAUGAGGUAGGAUGACUUCUAUGCCACACUAGGUGCUGCCUGCCAGAGAAUCAGCAGACCACACUUUAAAUUAUUAGCAGAACAUGCUGCUAACAUCCUUCCCAAGCCUUGUUCUCACAGACCCAUUAUUUUGUGCAGCUUGGUGCUCCAGUUCUGUUUUUGCCAUCUUUCUCUAUUCUCCACAAUUGGCAUUAUACAGUUUUUAUUUAAUCUUUUUAUAGUUGCAAGCAUCUUACAUUACAAUAUAUGAGAGGGAGAUUUUUUUCAGUUUUGCAUACUAACUCUAUACCAUUAAAGGGACUUCAUUUCAUAUCUUGGAAUCACAUGGGACAUAUUCCUGCUUGUACCACUGGAUAGUGCUCAGACAUCUGUAAGAAGUUCCCAUUCAAGAUAAGAAGGACAUAACAAAUACUCAAGAACUGUUCUGUGUGUAAAUACUUCUCUCGCAACCACAUUUCCAUUGGAUACAAGUCCUAGGGGCUGUUUUCACUUUACACUUCACCCUUGAGCCCACCUGCCAUAAUCUUUUCUGUCAGAAAUGAGAUUAAGUUAAACAUUACAGAAAAGUGAGAAAUCCCUCUCUUGUAACUUUGACAUUGUGACUUGAAAGUAGCCCAAAGUUUUGCUUUCUGUUCCUCUCAUCAUUCCUAUUUAAACAAGGUAUUUAUUGACUGUGCCCAGUCCUCGAAAAUCAACUUCUCUGAUUAAACAUUUCAGAAGCAGCAGUCCUCAGUUGCUUAUAACUGUGAUCACAAUUUACUAAUGCACCCUACCCUCUGCUACUUGCUUACAAGAAUGUCAUUCUUUUAAAGGUUGUUCAUGGACCAGUUAUGUUUUGAUUUUUUCCUGUUAAAAAUCUCUUGCCAUCACCAGAUGCUGCUACGUCUUUCUGAACUGAUGCUCAUUCUAUUUGGGAAUCCUUUUACUAAUUUUUAAAUAUGACCAAGCUAAAGUACGUCUGUUGAUUUCUGUCAGUCAGCUUUUACUUAUGACAUUUUUUUUAAAAAAAGAAAUGAUUGUUUUAGUGGUUUUGACUGUGUACGUGGACUCCAAGUACAAUUUCAGUAUAUGUGUAAAGAAUGCUUUGAGUUAAGAUCCAUAAUUCUUAUGAAGAUAGCAAUAUGGAAUUAAUCUAUAACUGUAUAUUAUCCUUUUCAUAAUGUGACAUUAGCCACUGCCUUUGGCUGGCCUGCCUGCCUCUUGGGUUUUCUUUUUUAAAAAACUGUGGGUUGGUUCCCUGGCUGGGACCAGCAGAUGGAUUCUUCCUCUUCCUGUGUAUAAUUCUAUAUAUAAAUAGCUCCAUUGUUGCUUUGUGUGAGAGAGAAUCUGGUGCUAACUUCUUGCCUUUGGCAUCCAUACGUGAUGGCUUAUUUCUUAAUUCUUCUUUAUGUGUCAUGGCAAUUUUUUAGAUUUUUUUUUGUAUAGUGAAAACUAAUUUUCAUUCCCCUCCUUCCCAUUAUGACUUGGGAAUCUGCAACCUUGAGGAAAAGCAUAUAUUUACUUCCUGCUUAAAUACUGACCUACUGAUAUUACUAUCUUGCUUGAUGAGGGAAAUAAAUAGAAUACAUAUUGUGUUUCAAUGUACCAAGUGAUUAUUAAUUUUAUAGUUUUCUAUAUAACCUGGAUAACUUUUAUCAGUACAUGAGUAACCUUUCUCUUCACAUUGAAUAAUCUACAUGGUUUUUAAAUGGAAAAAAGAGCAUGCUGCUUUGGUGUCUUUUACUUCGGAUACAUUUCGAUUCAUUAUCAAACUCUGUUGCUGGCAAAAGCAAGAAAAGUAAAAAAAACCAUUUGGGGUGGAAGUUUUCCACGUAGAUCUAAAUCAUUUGGUUCUUUUACACAUCUGUUUCAAAUGGAAUCCCAAGCCAAUGGUAGAAAUCCCCUUUCUGGUGUAUGUGUUUGCCAAUCUGACAGCUUUUCUGUGGUCUUCUGAGUAGGCAAACUUGCAAUUCCUGGAUAAGGAGACAUAAUCUAACUUGAGUCCAGUAUGUACAGAGUUUUAAUAAAAUGAAAAUAACUGAUUUUUGCAGCUUUUCCAAGGCUUCUUUUGUGUGAACAUCAAGAGGUUGUACAUUAAAACAAAUAGUACAAUGGGAA